GUGAAGGCAACAGAUGAGAAGCUCGUGACGCGUUACGUCGCUCCGCCCCGCGCUGCUGUGGAGACAAGCAGCAAAGUGGACACAUCCUCAGUUGCACUUGGACUUUUGUUUGCGUUGUAAACAGCUUCAGUGUGAGCGUACUCACCUCGUGUGACCAUAGUCAGUGAGCUGGACAGUGUCUUGACUCGGUAAAGAAGAGGAAAUGGAGAAGGGUUUGUCCCAAACUGGGGACAGCAAGCUGGACCAGGCUGUCAAACAGUGGCUGCAGUAUGACAAGAAUCCCAAGACAUUGUCGAUGGUGCAGGACCUGGUGAAAGAAGGAGCGGUGGAGGCUCUGAAGAAAUGUUUCUCCUCCAGGAUGGAGUUUGGUACGGCAGGUCUGAGAGCAGCCAUGGGCCCUGGCACAACCUGUAUGAAUGACCUCACUAUCAUCCAGACCACACAGGGUUUCUGUCGCUACUUGGAGGAAACUAUUGAUAACUUUAAGGAGCGAGGGGUGGUGAUUGGGUACGACGCCCGGGCCCACCCUCCUAGCGGGGGCAACAGCAAGCGUUUCGCCAGCCUGGCUGCAGCUGUGUUCAUCGGCCGAGGGGUGCCGGUCCACCUCUUCUCUGACAUCACCCCUACACCCUUUGUGCCUUUCGCAGUUUCACAGCUGGGUCUGUGUGCUGGUAUCAUGGUGACGGCCUCUCACAACCCCAAACAGGACAACGGCUACAAGGUGUACUGGGAGAACGGAGCCCAGAUUGUGUCUCCUCAUGACAAAGGUAUCUCCAAGGCCAUAGAGGAGAACCUGGAGCCCUGGCCUGAGUCCUGGAGCACAGAGGAGGCCCUGAAGAGCCCCUUGCUCAAAGAUCCCUACCAGGACAUCCACACAAAAUACUUCAAAGCCAUCCAGAACCACUGUCAUCACAGGGACAUAAACAAGAGUUCAAAGGUGAAAAUUGUGCAUACAUCUGUGCACGGCGUUGGCCACGCAUUUGUCCAGUCAGCUUUCAAGGCCUUUGACCUUCACCCUCCAUAUGCUGUAGAGGAACAGAAAGAUCCAGACCCCGAAUUCCCCACCGUCAAAUAUCCCAAUCCUGAGGAGGGAAAGGGAGUCCUGACACUGUCGUUUGCACUGGCAGACAGGGAGGGGGCGACUGUUGUGUUGGCAAAUGACCCUGAUGCUGAUCGACUGGCCAUCGCUGAGAAGCAGGAGAGUGAACAGUGGCGAGUGUUCAGCGGUAAUGAGUUGGGAGCGUUGCUUGGCUGGUGGAUGUUCCGCUGCUGGAAACAGCAAAACUCUGACGCUGCUACUGUGAAGAACCUUUACAUGCUGGCAAGCACCGUCUCAUCCAAGAUACUGCGCGCUAUCGCUCUCAAGGAAGGCUUCCACUUUGAGGAAACACUUACAGGGUUCAAAUGGAUGGGAAACCGAGCUAGAGACCUUUUGGACCAGGGCAAGACUGUUCUGUUUGCCUUUGAGGAGGCCAUAGGGUAUAUGUGUAGUCCCUCUGUAUUGGACAAGGAUGGAGUGAGUGCUGCAGCCAUAGCAGGAGAGAUGAUUUCCUAUCUGGCCACGAAAAGCUCCAGCCUUUCUCAACAAGUCACUGCCAUCUAUGAAGAGUACGGCUACCACCUCAGUAAGAACUCAUAUUUCAUCUGCCAUGACCAGGACGUGAUCCGCAGCUUGUUCGAGCGCCUGCGCAACUACAGCGGCCAGAAGGACUCGUAUCCCACUGAAUGUGGUCGCUUCGCCAUCUCUGCUGUACGAGACUUGACCACCGGCUACGACAGCAACCAGACCAAUAACAAGGCUGUUCUUCCCACCUCCAAGUCCAGUCAGAUGAUCACCUUUACCUUCUCCAACGGGGGCGUGGCCACCAUGAGGACAAGUGGCACUGAGCCAAAAAUCAAAUACUAUACUGAACUCUGUGCUGCUCCUGGCAACAGCGAUGUGACGCACCUGAAGAAGGAGCUGGACGACUUGGUUGAUGCCAUUGUUGAAAACUUCUUCGAGCCAGAGAAGAAUAAGCUGCAGCCCAAGCCGGAGUAGCUCUGAUAGACAUACAUUCACAUACAGGACCAGUUGUGACUAAUAUCUGUCUGACCAGCAUUUCCCAUAAUGUCUUAAUUACUCCAGAAGGGACUCUUUAUUUAAUGCAAGCUUUAUUUUGAUAAACAAUCACUUUAAAUGACAAUUUUACCAAUGUGUUUUCUGCCAGUUUGACCAGAGAAACUGUUACAUACCCACUGAUGCAUCUGACUUUAUUAUUGUUAUUAUAUCAUCUGCAGGGUUAAUGGCAACCUUUCACCUCCACUUUGAGUUUGUUUAGCCAUCUGUUUUUGAGGUGUAGGUAUGGAUCCAGAUCCAGUUUUACAUCCAGCAGUCACAGCUAUAUUUGGAUUGAGUUGACCUCAGUGCUGGAGAUUUUAAACCCAACUAUAAAAUGUUCACCACUCUACAGCCACAGUCAUUCCUGCUGUUUCACUGUGGUGUUUAGAUACACACAUUGCCGUAUAUUCACUUGUAUUUAACCAUCAUGCAUCCCAUCCUCCUUCAGCAUCAACUGCACUGCUGCUACUAUCAGGAGUUACAGAAAGUGUGUAAAUGAGAACUGCUGAAAGAAACUGAUGUAACUUUAAAACUCACUAACUUUAAUGGAUGUUGUAAACUGCUGUUAAACUUUGAAAGUGUAAUAUUUAGAUCAUAUGACCUUGAAAGUGACAGUUGAAAAUAUUUUUCAGUUGUAAAAGCUGUUAUUCCAGAGUUGCUAGUUUGGGGGGGGAAAAAGCCUAAAAGCUUAGAGCACCACCAAGUGGAGAUAUUAUACAUUCAUUUUUCCAAAUGCACCCACUGCUCAUUACUUGAUAUGAAUAAUUAACACCCAAAAGGGACUCUGAAAAUCGGGAAAUCUACAACUAAGACCUUUUUACUUCCCAUUAUUUAAGUGAUGUUGACUCCAGGAAUGUUUAUUUAGCAGCUCACCUUUACUUAUGUGCCUCGUAUUCCAAAAAUGCUGUGCUCAAAAUACAAUUUCACUCAAUAAAAACAGUUUCUAACGGUG